CAGUAUUACUCAGCCAGCCCGCUUCCAGCCUAGUGGCACCGCUGUUAACACGGGCCAAAGUUAUCCCGGAAUAAGGACAGCACGCAUGUGCCGUCAACCCGGAUGUAGAAUUUGCAGGAUUCUUCAGGAUUCUCUUCUCCCAUUUUAUUAUUUUAUUUGACAAACUAUUAGUAAUUGUGUCAAAGAUAGAACACGCUAAUCGUAUGGCGCUUGAACCGGUCUAGACCGGGCAAUACAUAUCAGUCGUAAAUUCACAACAGCAACAGUGGAAGCCUAGCCAACUCAUCAGAAGCUUGGGAUCAUACUGUAAGCACAAAAAAACCUUUGUUUUGGAUCUGUUGCCUCCCAUUUUAGUGUUUGGUUUUUCAUACUAUGACUUCAACUAUUUUGGGAAAACUACAUUUUUGGUGUGGCAAUUUCCGGUUAUGCCGAAAUACAGAAUACAUAUGAUAUAACUGGCUAAAUGCCUAAUCUAUAUUGACCAAUGUUUUCUUAUUACUAAUUUCAUUUGAAAGAGAGGGUUUAUUUCAUUUAAUAGAUCAGACGACCUGCCAUUGCAGUGGAAUGGACUUCCGCGGUAGAAAGUAUGAACGGGGCAGCAACUGGUCCGACCCAGAGGUUGCCGAACUCUUGCAGCUGUGGUCGGAUGAGUCGGUCCAACUUGAGCUGGAAAGUUGCCUCCGAAAUCAACAUGUGUUCAAUCGAAUAGCGGACGUCCUGCGGGAGAAAGGCAUUUAUCGCACCGGUGAUCAGUGCAGAGAGAAAAUAAAAAAGAUGAAACUGGAGUACCGACGUAUCAAGGACAACCACAGAAUGGUGAGGGGCGGGAGGUCGUGGAAGUUUUAUGACGUGAUGGACCGAGUAUUGACGAAUAGACCGGCCAUAGCCUACUCCUCUUUGGGCGGUGCUGUUAUAGCCCAUCAGGUUCUGCAGAGCCCCCCUAGUGGGGCAGACACAUACCUCCAUGGUCUGCCAGGUGGUGCUUUUGGUUCUGCUGCUUCAGGUGGGUUUUUAUUUGGUCAUCCGCCCAGGCCGAGGGAGCUACUGGAAAUAAAAUGUGAGGAUGGAGAGUCUGAUAACGGGCUUCUGAACUCCGAUGCUGCGCCUCCAGAGCUGUUGUACAGUAUCGGGUCUGGGGAAGAACCUGACAGCAAUGGGAAAUCACCGGGGCUGGACCACGAAGACCCGGCGGAGAUGGUGCGAGGAGAGCGGAAAGCUAGCGAGCAAUUUUCUCCUUCAGGUUUCAGUGAUCAGAAUCAGGCUGAGUCCUCAGGCACAGGGGCCUCCAUGGCUGGUCCUGGUGGUGGGGACACGGGGAACCAGCUUGACCCGGAUGGCUCCAGACCUGCAGUCCCUGUCAGACUGAGGAAGCGUCGGCGUGCGGGGAGAGGGGCCGCUGGAGGCAGAGGUGGGCGCCAGGGUCCCCUUGACGAGGCCUUGGUCAGCUUCCUAAGCUGGCAGCGGUGUGCUGAGGAGCGACUCCUCUCCUUGGAGGAGGCGCGGCUAGAAAGGGAGGCGCAGGCAGAGGAGCGACGAGAGCAGCAGGAAGAGAGGAGGGCAGAGCAGGAGAGACAGCACGAGCUCCGUCUGUUCAGCAUGUUCACCGGGGCACUGACUGCUGUCAGGCAGACGUCCCCUUCAGUCCCGCUGUUUGCCCCCACGGUCUCUACCGUACCCCCUGACCCUUCCAGUCACACCGCUCUACCGAACACUGCCUCAGGCCCUUCCAACCCAGCGUCUGCACCAUCCACCCCAGUCUGCCGCCCUAAUAAACCUGAGAGCCUGCCAGCCGGAUCAGUUGCUGGUGAAAGUGUGUACCUGUCUCGCCGUGGAAACUCCAUCAGAAAGCAGUUGGGCAUCCUACAGGACGGCUUUAGCCGAUACAGCGCUGACAAAUACCACCUCACUGAAAACCCCUACGGCAUCAUCAACAUGGGCACCAGUGAGAACAAGCUGUGCUAUGAUCUGCUUCAGAAACGGUUGACCCAGCCUGACAUGCUCCAUAUUGAUCCAGCCUUGCUGCAGUAUCCUGACUUGAAAGGCCACCGCUUUUUGAGAGAAGAGGUGGCCAGGUUCCUGUCAUACUACUGUGGUUCCCCCAGCCCGUUAAGAGCAGACAAUGUUGUUGUGAUGAAUGGCUGUGGCUCUUUUUUCUCAUCACUAGCUGCAGUGCUUUGUGACCCGGGAGAGGCAAUCCUCAUUCCAACUCCAUUCUAUGGCUCGAUCUCUGAGGAUAUACAUCUGUACAGUGCUGUUCGGCUCUACCAUGUUCACCUUGAUUGUGAGGCUAGUGUCAGUGAUUGUCGACCGUUCCAACUCACUGUGGGCAAACUGGAGGAAGCUAUGAGAAAGGCGACUAGCGAGGGGGUGAACAUCCGAGCUCUGUUGCUGAUUAACCCCCAUAACCCCCUGGCUGAGGUCUACACACCUGAAGAACUUACUGCCUUCCUGGAGUUUGCCAAGAGGCAUAAGUUGCACACCAUUGUAGAUGAGGUAUACAUGCUGACUGUAUUUGAUGAGGCAGUCACUUUCCACAGUGUCCUCAGCAUGGACAGCCUCCCGGACCCACAGAGAACACACGUGCUAUGGGGGAUGAGCAAGGACUUUGCGAUGGCGGGGAUACGUUUUGGAACCGUGUACUCUGACAACAGUGACAUCGUUGAAGCCCUGGGUAAGCUGGCAGUGUUCCACGGCGUUCCUGGUCCUGUACAGCAUCAAAUGGCUAAGCUGCUCCAGGACAGAGAUUGGAUCGAUGGGACGUUUCUUCCAGAGAACAGGCGGAAAAUGCAUGCAGCUCACGGGUACAUGGCUGGGGAGCUACAGAGUCUGGGAGUCCCCUUCCUCCACCGCCACGCUUGCUUCUACAUCUGGGCCGACUUCAGAAAGUACCUGCGUAGGUCAUCGUUUGAGGAAGAGCUGGCUUUGUGGAGGUGUUUCCUCCAACACAAGGUGUUGUUGAGCUGUGGCCAAGCCUUCCAUUGCUCGACUCCUGGCUGGUUCCGCAUUGUUUUCACUGACCAACAGCAACACCUCACUCUUGGCAUGCAGAGAAUCAGAAAGGCCUUGGAGGGGAUAAAUGGGGCCAUAUCAACCCCCGACACGGGCACGAAUGACGAGACGACCAAGGUGAAAGCAGGGACACAGCUGGAGGACACAACAGACUCACACAAAUCUGUGGUGGUCAAGUCAUCUGUCUUGUCCAAAAACACGUCUGAUCCCCAUGAUGCCGUCCCACUGACCAGUGAGGACUUAGUCCUGCUGGAAUGCCAAAAGUCCCAGCCCACAGAGAGUCUGAACUCCCUGAUUGGUGCCCUGAGACAACAGAUCAGCUCCUCUGAUUGGCUGGAGAAGAACACUCCGGAACUGUCUGCGGGGGAGGACCCAGAGCUACUUCAUGUAUUCAAAAACCUGCUGGACAGGGCUAGGAAGUAGAAUGGAGGAGGGGAGGGGAGGGCAGAAGGAAGAAGGAACAGGAAGCAAACAAGAUCAGUCAGGAUACGUGCCAUGAAAGGAGUCCAAAGGUUGUAGGUUUAUCAGUAUGUCCAUAUCAGUAUGUCUGGUGCUACUUUAGCAUAUCUUGUCAUCGCAGGCCAAAGAUGACUCAAAUGAAUAUGUUGAGCCUGAGUCAUUUUUGAAUUGUGUUGGUGUUGACGGGUGUCACUUGCCUUUUGUAUCAUGGUAAACACUUCUUAAAGCUACGAAAACAUACAUUACAAAUAAUACAUUCUCCAUUUCUUGUUAUGUACAUAUUUUAAACAGCUGGUAUGUGCAGAGGUGUAGUGAAGUUUUUUUUAAAGGAUGUAGACCUAUCUGUCCUUUAAAUGUUCAACAUUAAACUAAAGAAUUUAAUAUAUUGUAUAGUUCAAUAAAAAGGCUCUUAAAAUGCCUUUUUUCUUCUAACUAGUAUGUAUCUCCCGCUUAUGUCAUUAGAGUUACCUGCUUGAAGGUCACUGAUACAAAGAUAUACAAAAGGACAUGCAUCCUUCUCUCCAGUGGUUAACAUGUCUAUAUUAUUAUUUAUGUCAUCAGUUUGAGGAUUUAUUUUUUGUCUACUAAAAUGUUACUUGGUGUUGGUCAAAUGAAAUAGACAAGUUGAGAACAAAAUCACUCUAGCAAAUAUUCUUUACCAAAUAUUAUUCUGAAAUCCAUGUUCAUCAGUAACAAGUAUAGAUAAAUUAAGUUCAUGUUUUGUAAUAUGCUGUGUCCAAAUGCUACCAUAUUCAAGAAAAACACACUCUUUCUCUGUUAUAAAAAUAACAUGUUUGGUUUUUUGUUCUUCAAUGCACUUUAUUGGUUGAACUAUAAAUCUAGAACUGUUUAUGGCAUGUUUAUAUUGUUAUCUACAGUAUGUUUCCAGAGAUUUUGUACUGUAUGGAUUAUUUUUCAUAAAGUUGGUAAAUGAUUGGUAAAGUUAA